AUGGGGCGUCAUUUUUGGGUUUAUUUCAUUUUGUUUGGCCUGCUGUCAACGGGUUUUGGACGUGACACAGGUGAUGACGUUGAUAUCGAUGAAAACGAAGAUGACAACGUUCAGGAAGAAGAGGAAAAGAAAACAAAGCUUGAAUAUGUGCCUCCUCCAUUUGUGACGCCAACUGUUGCUGGUAAACCGUUAUUGGUGGAUUGGUUCUCUGAUCGCGGUGCCAUUGGCAAGAAGUGGAUUGCAUCAAAGGGCAAAAAAGACGAUGUGGAAGAUUCAAUUGCCAAAUACAACGGUGAAUGGGAGAUUGGUGCACCAGAAAGAGUUAUUAUCGAUGGAGACUUGGCACUGAUUGUGAAGACGAGAGCGCGCCAUCAUGCAAUUGCCACAAAAUUCACCCGACCAUUUAAAUUCGAUAGCAAGCCGUUGGUUGUACAGUACGAGGUGAAAUACGAAGAUGGGCAAGAGUGUGGCGGAGGUUAUGUGAAAUUGUUAACAGAGGGGGCUGAGAAAAAAUUGGAUGAAUUUACCGACAAAACUCCGUACACAAUCAUGUUUGGUCCCGACAAAUGUGGGGCUACGUCCAAAGUGCACUUCAUCGUCCGCUUCCGGAAUCCAAAAAAUGGCACCAUAUCUGAACAUCAUGCUAAGCAGCCCUCGAAAUCGGUUUCAACAUAUUUUGAUGAUCACAGGACGCAUCUGUACACAUUGAUUGUACGGCAUGAUGAAACAUUCACUGUAUUG